AUGGCACAAAGUCUUUUCGAAAAUCACAAUGGGAAACAUAUUUUGCUACUAAGCGAAGUUAGGAGUAGACCGCUUCUCGUAGUCUCGGCAGUUGUGGCCUCUCUGGCCAUCGCAGUCGCCUGCACCCAUCUCUUCGUUUCCAGCCCUAUAAAUGCCGUCGCAUACCAACUGCCCAAACCCCCCACUUUCGAAGGCGAACUAGCUCCAAAUGGCAGACUGUCAAAGGCCGAGCUAAUCUUAGAUGAUCAAGUUUAUGGGCCUGAGUGUAUCGCCAUUGAUCGUAAAAGCGACAAGCUGUACACAGGUCUGAAGACUGGUCUCAUCUGUGAGAUUAAUUAUAAGGAGAAGCAGCCGAAGAUCCUUCGCGCUGUGCGGCUCACUUCACUAGAAGGAUGUGAUGGAUCAUACAGGUCUAUGCCGAAGUGUGGUCGACCUUUAGGAAUGAGGUGA